GAUGUCUCAGGAGCGGCCCAAGUUCUACCGACAGGAGCUGAACAAGACGGUGUGGGAGGUGCCCGAGCGCUACCAGAACCUCUCCCCAGUCGGCUCCGGGGCCUACGGCUCAGUCUGUUCUGCCUUUGACACAAAAACUGGGUUGCGCGUGGCUGUAAAGAAGCUGUCCCGUCCAUUUCAGUCUAUCAUCCAUGCCAAAAGGACCUACCGAGAGCUACGGCUGCUUAAGCACAUGAAACACGAAAAUGUGAUUGGUUUGUUGGAUGUGUUCACCCCUGCCAAGUCACUAGAAGAAUUCAAUGAUGUGUACUUGGUCACACACCUUAUGGGAGCAGAUCUGAACAACAUUGUGAAAUGCCAGAAACUCACCGAUGAUCAUGUGCAGUUCCUAAUAUACCAAAUUCUUCGGGGACUGAAGUACAUCCAUUCAGCUGACAUAAUACACAGGGAUUUAAAACCUAGUAACCUAGCUGUAAAUGAAGACUGUGAGCUAAAGAUCCUGGAUUUUGGCUUGGCCCGACACACAGAUGACGAGAUGACCGGGUACGUGGCUACCCGAUGGUACAGGGCUCCUGAGAUCAUGCUGAACUGGAUGCAUUACAACCAGACAGUUGAUAUUUGGUCAGUGGGAUGCAUUAUGGCUGAACUGUUGACUGGAAGAACAUUGUUCCCUGGUACAGACCAUAUUGAUCAGUUGAAGCUCAUUUUGAGACUCGUUGGAACACCAGGGCCUGAGCUUUUGAAGAAAAUCUCCUCAGAGUCUGUGAGUUCACACUUUGAUU